CAGAAAUUGAGUUUUAGAGCUUACCUUCCACAACGUGAAAAACUCUCUCACCUACCACCAACUCUCGUUCGUCCCAUUCACCAACUCUCGAAGAUUUCCGCUGUCAUCUUGUUUCUCAUGACAAGUUCUUCAUCAUAGUUUAUUCCAACCAAACCCAUUUUUCAUCGAACUUUGCUGAUAAAUGGAAAACCGGCAGCAAUCAUCAAAAACUUCUGAACUAGAUGCUCCUCUCCAUUCAAUUGGAUUUCAGAUUCAAGAUUUGUCUCCAAAAAGAGUAUCUGGCUAUCUCCCUGUUACACAAAAGUGCUGCCAGCCCUUCAAGGUGCUGCACGGAGGCGUGUCGGCAUUGGUGGCAGAGGCUCUUGCGAGCAUAGGUGCCCACAUAGCUGGUGGUUACAAAAGAGUGGCUGGGAUUCAGCUCAGCAUCAACCAUUUGAAAAGUGCUGUGCUUGGUGACAUGGUCUAUGCAGAAGCUACCCCUGUAAAUGUUGGCAAAACCAUUCAGGUAUGGGAGGUGAGAAUCUGGAAGCUUGAUCCUUCAAACAAAGAAAAGAGAUCUCUGACAUCAUCGUCAAGGGUUACUCUACUCGCCAACAUGCCUGUCCCAGACAAUGCAAAAGAUGCAGCAGAAACACUCAGGAAGUAUUCUAGACUGUGAAUAUUCCUGCUGUUUAAUUUACUUCUGCAUAACCAAAACUUUCUUCUUUUCUGAAAUACAACGAGGAAAAGAUUGUUUUGAGGGUCUAAGAAAAGCAUCACUGGUGCUUCAAAAUGUAAACCAUUGUAAUAAUGUAUUGCUUAAAUGGAAUGACAAUUUCUUGUGAUUAUAAACUGAUUAAUA